CUUCGAAAUUUCGAACCACCAAAUUACAGAAAAAUACUAUAUUUCGAAAACAUUGUUCAUAGUUCAUACCCUCCAAUUGAAAAAAUAAACAAAAAAAAUUGUGGCCAAAAGAAUUUGGGAGAAUCAAAAUAUUGCGUGGCUCAAUUUGUGUGUGCUCUCCACACGUCUCUCCAGUUUUGUUUCUUCAUCUUCCCCAAUUUCUCCUACCAACUGCCACAAGAGGAUUUUAUGGACUUCUUUUUAAGCAAGAUGAAGGAGAAGGCAUUUGAAUACUCCUUUGAUGAGCAAGAUAUCCAGCGAUGUCCAUUCUUGAGAAACAUUAGUAAACCUACAAACUUGUCUUUCUCGCCUGUGAAUCUUUCGGUCCCUGUAGCUGGAUCAAAAGGUCCUAUCUUUGAAGAUGGUCCAAACUUUGAUUUGGCUUUCAAAGUUUUCCAUGGGAAGGAUGGGGUUGUCCCCCUCACAAGGAAGGCAAGUUUUCACGCUGACGACCAUUUGGAACCUGAGUCUGCUCCAAAGUUUAACCCAUUAGCUGCAAAAGCAGCCACUAUUAGUUUGUCAGCAUUUGGACUUGGGGGUCCAUUUGGUUUCAAUUUCUUUUCUGACAAGUGGAAGAAGCAGAAGCAGAAUCAGAAAUCAGAUUCCUCGAGGGAAAAUGGAAAAUUUUCUCAGGAAGGAAAUCCAUCAGGACAUGAGGCCCUUAGCAACGAGUGGCUACAAAGUGGGAACUGCCCCAUAGCAAAGUCUUAUAGGGCUGUUGGUCACGUGCUUCCCCUAGUUGCCAAGGCUCUUCAACCACCAUCCGGUGUGAAGAUCCGUUGUCCUCCAGCUAUAGUUGCUGCCAGGGCUGCUCUUGCUCGCACUACUUUUGUAAAAAACCUCCGCCCGCAACCACUACCUGCUAAGAUGCUCUGCAUUGCUGCAUUAGGCAUGGCAGCUAAUAUUCCUCUGGGGAUAUGGAGAGAACACACUCAGAAAUUCUCAUUGUCAUGGUUUAUUGCAGUUCAUGCUGCUGUCCCCUUCGUAGCCAUGCUUAGAAAGGCUGUUGUGAUGCCCAAGACUGCCAUGGCGUUGACCAUUGGUGCAUCUAUUCUUGGCCAGGUAAUUGGCUCAAGAGCUGAGCGGAUUCGGCUGGAAAUAGUGACUAAGAAGCAAAUUACAGCUCCAGAGAAAGCUGCUGAUCAUGAUUUUAUGGGCUAUAGCUCUGAUCCUGUUGAGGGCACUACUAAUCUAUGUUGUGGAAGUCAGCAAAUGAUGUUAGAGACACUUCCCAGCAAGCCUGAUAAUGCAGGCACAUCUGGAGCUAAUGUCUGUUUCUGAGACUGGUUGAGCCCUGCUAUGUAAAGUAAUGCACAGUGAACUGGUUGUAUUUGUAAUCCAGAUUGUAGGUUGCAUUUGUAAUCCAGAUUGUACAAAGAUAUAAUCUGCUCAAGUUUCUGUGAGGCGACUUGCAGGUUAUUUCUAUCUAUUAUGGAAAUAAAUCAAAUAAAGAUGCCUUGUACAA